UAUUUUUGAAAUACCAAAAUUUCAUUCAGAUGAAUCCAGAUCUAAUGUGCAGUUUAUACUCUCAGAGCUAAUAUUACCAUCCCUUCUAUUACUUGCACCAGCAAUAAAUGAUAUAAUACAGUAAUAUUGAUCCAUUAUAAGUUAUAAAGUGAUGUGUUAAUAAUUGACCCCUACCAUGUAGCUGCCCUCAUAUAAGUACGAAACACCAUUCGUUUUGAAUAAUGGAAUAACUCAGCAAUAGAUUGAAUCACCAUAUAUCACGAAUACUGCCCAAAACAAUCAUUUAACUGAAGUUGACUAUGGACCAGAGGAAAAGUGCAAUUAGGUUGAUGACGAGUCUCAAUCAAGAGUAAAUGGUACCUAUUCUCAUUAAGUAUAGGACAUUGGACCAAACAAGAACAUUUAUCAUAUCUAGAAUUCGUCAAGAGUCAUGAGUCUAUUUUAAGGUCGAAGUACGACAAGAAGUCAAAAAAAAUAUUCAAGUUAAUGAGCCAGUUUAUCCCGACAAGAACAGCCACUCAAUGUAGAUCUCAUCACCAGAAAUUUAAUCCCUUGGCAAAAGGUAAAAAGAAAAGCAGAUAGAUCAACAAGCAAAUCCCAACUGUCAUCCACCCAUGAAAAUGCCCUCUUUGAUUCUAUUAAUGUUAUUUCAAUUUUUUAAAUGGAACAAAAUUCCCA